AUGAAGAAUUUAUGGAAGUGGAUAUUCGACCAGUGGUGGAUUAUGACGAUCGGGUGGUAUUUUUGCGCAGUUGCUGUGGUCGUUGCCGUCAAGCGCGAGAAGCACAAGUCCAUGCUGACAUGUGUCGCUAACUUGGCCAUUGGUUGGCCAUUGGUGGCACCGUUUGCUUGCUGGAAAGGAUUGCGGAAUGUGCGGGUCCAUUUCAGCAAAGUGAUGGCAAUCGCAGUCCUCGCCGGGCUGGAGCGGAAUUUGACAAAUUCCUCCCUUUACAAGAUCGGAGGCUCGCUGAAAACCGCCCUGCACGGCUUCAAUGUGCCACUGGCCUUUCUUAUGGCGGCCCUGUGCGGAGUGGACGAGCUCGGACGGAGCUGCCUCUUGGGGUGCGGAUGCGGGAACAAUCUGUUGUUGACCCUGGCGCUCGUCCUCAUUGCUGCGGGCUCCAUCGUUACUGCAGCCAUCGGCGAUGGUUCAGGUGGCUCCUGGCAUGGUGACCUUCUGGGCGUCUUCCUGCAGGUCGCCUCUAGUGUGGCCUACGCCCUCAAGUUUGCGGUUGCGAAGAUGCUGUUCAAUUCCGGCGAUCCGCAGAAUGCAGCGGGCGUGGACCCAGGCUCUCUCCCUCCCUCGAAGGACCAGAUAGCCUUUGUCGUCAACCCGGUCACAGGAUUGAUGAGUCUGCUCUUCUUACCUUUCUUCGAAAGCAAUUUCGCGCUUCCCUCCGUGGAUUCCGCUGUGGUCGUCGGGAUCUGUGCCACGGGCAUUUUGGUGUUUGAGCUGCUUCUGACCGAGCUGACGUCUCCACUCACAGUGUCUGUGCUGGGGGUCAUGCACAACGUAGUGAUCGUCGUCUUCUUCACACUCACGGGGGAGAGGAUGAGCACUGGACAGUCAGCCGUCGCAGUCCUGGCUUUGCUUCUCAUGUCGGGAGGUUGCCGGCUUCACAGUCUCGACUGCGGGGGCGAUCUGCUACGCGUGUGCACGCAAGCGGCAGGCAGCACUGGCUCCGAGAUGACAUGGACGGCUGAGCGCUUUGACGCGGAGGCCUGCUGCUGGACCAUUGAGCCAGUCCUGCCACAGGUGCCUGUUCGUUUGGGAGCAACCCUGGUGUGGAGCGUUCAAGGUCUGGUGUCUAUCGGCGGUGUGCUCGGAGGGCAGUCCUGCCCAACGGCCUGCACAGAGUGCUUGACGUUGCAGCGCCACGGAGCGACUCUGUGGCUGCAGAUUCCGAGCUGGAGGAUACCUCGCUUGUCGCCAGCAGUCAUCACUUCUUGCGAGGGCAAUAUCUUCGUCAUGGGCGGGAGCCACAAGAAAGAGGCCUCCAACUUUACGGAAAUGUGGGUGCAAGAGCAGCAAUGCUGGAGAGAGCUGCCUCCGAUGCUGGCCGCCCGUGAGGGUGCUUUUGCUGCUGUACUUCGGUGA